AUGGUAGAAGCCGCAUCCGGCGACACAGAACAAUAUGAUCGCACAGCAGCGCUGGAAGAGCGGAUUAGAGAACUGGAGGAUGCGGUAAGCUCCUCGUUCCAGUCGUUCCGAGGGGCUCUGCAGCAGAUAUCUAGUCAUGUUGGUCUUCAAGAUGUGACUGGAACAUUAGUUGGGUUUACUGCACGGUCGGCCGGGGAUCAGGCAAUCCGUCCUGAUAUUCAAGCUGAAUCAACCCUUGAAUUAUUCGAACCACAGUAUGAAAAAAAGGAUCUCAUCGACAAGGGGGUUUUGAUGUUGGAGGAUUGUCGAAUGCUCUUCGAUUUCUACGGGGCCAACUGCAGUGAAAUUAUUGCCUUUUUUGAUAACACAAUAACUUCAUUCGAGGAAACUCGGAGAUAUCCGCUCCUCUUGGCGGCCAUGUGUACGAUCGGUGCGCGUGCAUCUGCACCGCGGCUGUAUCGCCCAUGUCUAAAUGAAACCUACUCGUUGAUUCAGCAAACAUUACUUGGACCUGUCCCUUCUCUUGAGACACUAAAGGGUAUAUUGCUAAUGGCUGUGUGGCACAAGAAUUACCGGUUGUUGGGACUGGUGCUAUCAAUUGCCUACCAAAUGCAACUUCCUGAGACGGCGUUGAGUCUAGCAGACAAGACUAAUCAAGCAAAAAAGGACGUCAUAAUCUCAGACAAUAUCCAGCAGCAGCCAAUUACAUCGGAUGUCUGCAGGCAGCUCCAGCUCUAUGACGAGCAGCUGCAAGGAUGGUUUCGACGAAAUGAUGAAGAAAUGGAUCCUAUUUACCAGACAUUCUCCAAGCCCCAGGACCGCAAUCGAAUGGCGAUUCCUUACAAUUUUGCCCGGAUGCACCUGAAUGGACUUGUCCUCUACGGUCUCAAACCAGAUAGUGCUAGCAACGACCAGCUUCGAGUCCAAUUCAUACGAGCAGCUGUAGAUGCCGGGAAAGCGUUGCUUAAAUGCGCCCUACGUUCAAUUGACUACCAGGCCAACUUGAACUAUUCGAUCGACUACUCCGGCUCAGCCCUAGGCCUGGCAAUCAACUUCCUAUCUCGUGUCACCUGCGUUGCAUAUGACUGUAUUGACCUUGAAGGGGUCAUGCGUAUACUUGCGCAAGCAAGGGAUAUGUUUGAAGGUGCCAAGCUGGCUGGAAAGGCAGACGAAGUCAGUCACAUCCUCGAUCAAGUGGCUGAGAUAAAGCGCACUAUGACGGCCACCAAAACGAGAAACGACACGACCGAGGCGGAUAUUAACGAUAAUGUCGAUGAUGGGUCUGAUUUCUUUCUCAAUGCUAGACUCCCUUUGUCGGAGUUUUCUCUUGACGAGCCGUCGAUUGAAGAUAUUCUUAUGUAUCCUGGAGAGUAAAAUACCGCGAUGGCAAAAUGUAGGUUU